AUGGGUGCCCCUGCUGGUCUUCAAAGUGAUAAUGGCUCAGAAUUCACAUCCAAGGUGAUAACUGAGCUAAAAGAAAAAUGGCCAGGUCUCACCCUGGUUCAUGGGAAGCCCCGUCAUCAAAGUUCUGUGGAACGUGCGAAUGGUGACAUUAAGGAUAUGUUAGUUACCUGGUUUGCAGACAAUAAUUCACAAGACUGGUCAGUUGGUAUCAAGUUUGUUCAGUUUCAGAAAAAUGCUGCCCACCAUCCAUACUCUGCUAUGUUUGGUUGUGAAGCCAGAGUUGGCCUGACUUUUUCAGCUCUACCCACAGUAGUUGUCUCAAGGUUGGAGAGUGAGGGUGAUCUCAUAGUAGUUAUGUCAGGAGAUGAUACAACAACAAUACAGAUACUUCACGAUCACCGAGCCCAAUUUCAGAAACAUAGAGUGGAAGCAUACAAAGGGCAGGUAUCUCAAGCUGAGAGAAUGGUCAAAUGUAGCCGCUUAGACUUUAAAGUUGGUGAGCCUGGUGACAAUGUUGCUGUCCCAGUUCCGGCUGUGGAUCGUGGUAGAGGAGACCCGCAGAAUAUCCUGGGUGUUAUUGUCAGCAGAGAUUUGGACAAUGACCAGUAUAAGAUCGCUGUGAAUUCGGGUAUUCUAAAGGGUCAGCAUUCUAGAAACCAGUUUGACCUCUGCCCCCAGCGUUUGCUGACAGAAGAUGACGUAAAUGCAGUGUCACUUCGAGAAGCUGUUAUUGCACAAUCUGCAUGUGGGGGUCAGGGAUUCACUAGAUGCAACUGUAGUGGUCUGAAGAAAUGUUCAACUAACAGAUGUAAGUAG